AUGGCCCGUGUGCCGGACGACAUCCUCGCUUGCGUCCUCUGCCACCUCGCGCCCCGCAGCCUCGCCGCGUCCCGCUGCGUCUGCAAGGGUUGGCGCGACCUCAUCGACGGCCGCCGCCUGCUGCGGACGGACCUCCUCCCGCUCUCCAUCUACGGCAUCUUCUUCAUGGAGAUCGACGUCCUCUGCGGGGACCCUCCCAGGCUCUUCGCAAACCCGCUCACGAGCCGCAGGAUCGACCCAAACCUUGGCUACGUCGAGCAGGAGGAGGGCUACGACUUGCGCAUCAAGAAUCACUGCAACGGCCUCCUCCUCCUCUCCGGCCACGUCGUGCUCAACCCGGCCACCAAACAAUGGGUGCGCCUGCCUCCGCCCCCGCCGCCGUGCGCCGCCACCGGGAUGGAGGCCUUCUACAACGACGUCUGCCUUGCAUUCGACCCCACCGUGUCCCCGGACUACGAGGUGUUUCUGAUUCCUAACAUCCCCUGCAAUCUUGAUCCCACCACCACCAUGUUUACCGUGGAUUCCGAGUGGCCGCCCUCUCCGUAUGCAAUACAAGUCUUCUCCUCAAGGACAUGGACAUGGGAGGAGAGGUCGUUCCUCCGCAAAGGAGAGGCUGCAGCUGCUACCAUUGCCGACAUGCAGCAAUACAGGGACUUCCAACGCCGUUACAUCGUCUACUGGAAAGGAGCGCUUUACGUGCACUGUCCCAACGACUCCAUCAUGCGCAUAACCUUAUCGGACGGUGUGUAUCAAGUGAUUAAAUCGCCAACGGGCGGCAGACUGGAGGGCUCUACACAUCUUUAUCUUGGAAAAUCAAACAAGGGGGUGUACUGUGCUUUGAUUUAUGGUAAUGUUCAACACCAGCUUCAGGUUUGGUUGCUGGAUGAAUCUUAUGGUAGUAUGGAGUGGGAGUUGAUGAAUGAUAUCAACUUUGCGCCUGUGACGGCCAAAAUUUCUUUGCUCGAGCAUAAGGAUGCAUUUCCCAACAACAGAAAGCACAAGGAUCGAAACCUCAGGCCUUGGAUCUUUCUGAGAGGUAAUUCUCGUGAUGAAGAUGUUAAGGAAGGAUUAGUGGAAGAUAACGCUGAAUGGGACUUCACCAAGGGUUUUAUCCAUGAGACUCAGGACCUUAAGGUUAAUUGGGACCACACGCAUUGUGUAGAGGCCUAUUUCCUUGGAUUUCAUCCAUAUAAAGAGAUUGUCUUCUUGUGGAUGUCAAAAAAGACAGCAGUUGCUUAUGAUUUUAGCAGCUCUAAAGUACAAUGCUUGGGCAACUUAAACGCGCAUUGGAUCGGAGUUUCCUUUGCGUACACACCAUGUUGGACAGGGGAGUUAUCCGGAAAAAAUUAGUUGUAUGGAUAAUAAUAUGCAGGGUGUGAUUUUAUUAUAAGACAGUAAAUUAUG